AUGUGCAGUCAAAGACGUGCAUGGUUGAUGGUUGGGCAAACUGCAACUGAUUCUGUCUUGUUGCUUCAUUACAUAAAACGACUAACACUUUUUUCAGAACAAUUACGGCGUGUUGAUCAAAAUAUGGACGUAAUCCAUGAGGAUAUGAUGGUUGCAGAAGGCCAAUUGGAGGAACUUGAAAAAUGCUGUGGACUCUGUGUGCUUCCGUGGAAAAAAUUGCCCUUGAGCCUCGCACUUGCCGGUGACUAUACCCCAGUUUCGUUCAUUCUGUGUUGCUUUAUUCUUCGUACUAGGAUCACCAACGAUGCCCGAGAAGAUGAGAUGGAGGAAAACCUACAACAAGUGGCUCACAUGGUUGGUGAUUUGCGUGUAAUGGCCGGAGACAUGGGUCAGGAAAUUCGCACACACAACGAAGUACUUGAUCGUAUUGAUCGUAAGGUAAAUCGAUGUUUCUCUUUUUGGUUCACAAUACAGCAGUACCAGUACAAAAACACGCACAAAAGUGCUUGCCGUAUACUGCUGGGCAUCAAUCGCCAUUCCACUCGUUCUUUUUCAUCAAAGUAA